CUGACCGGAGGAAGGACGUGCGCGCACCUUGCGAGAGAGUGGCGCGGGUGCAGUCGGAGGCGCGCACGUCUCCUCUCCCGCCAAGUUCUUUCAGAGUGGAGCGGAAAGUUAAGUCACUCACUAAAGGUAGCUCCGUCACAUUGGCUGAGUAAGGAAGACAGACAGCGGCUCAAGCAAAUAGUUUAGGAGGAGCUGCUAAACAUGCAGGCCAGCGAUGCCGAUUCGAGUGAUGAUGAGCCCCUCAUAUUUAAAGUGAGGGGUUACCAGAAUGGGGGGAUCCCUCCAGGGCAGGAGGGGGUCCCCAAAACCAAGUGCAAGAGGGAGUCCAGCGAGGAGGGGGGAGAAGGAGGAGGAGGGAGAAGGAGGAACAAGACGACGAGACUGGAUAUGAAGAUCGAACCAGACUCACCUGAUUCUGGGAUUGAGAGGCCUGGGAAAGGAGAGAGCGAGGGAGGAGAUGAGGAGGAGGAGGAAGAAAAGGUGGAGAUAGAAGAGAGGAAGGAGGGAGAGAGCCAGCCAGAGAAAAAGAAAGGAACGAAACAGAGAGGGGACGAGGUGGAGAGAGAGGAGUCUGGAGAAGAGAGCGAGACGGAGCCUGAGAGAAAAGAAAAGACGGGAAUGAAACAGCAGAGGGAAAGGAGGACAACAGAGGAGGAGGAGGGAGAGAGUGAGGGAGAAAAGAAAGGAAAGAGCAAGCUGAGAAAUAAAGGAAUGAGAAAAAUAAUAAACGAGUCUGAAUCUGAAGAGAGCGAAGCUGAGAGCAAAAAGGGAAGGAAACAGCAGCCAAGGAAAAGAAAGAUUGAGGAGAGAAAGAACGAGGAAGAGCUGGGGGUGAAAAGAAAGAAGGCAAGGGCGAGAAAGGUGGAGAGUGAAAGCGAGAAGCCAGAGAAGAAAGGAACGAAACAGCAGAGGGGAAAGAGGGAGAGCGAGGAGGAGGAGGAGGAGGAGGAGGGGUCAGAGAGUGAUUCCGUAACUGCAAAAAAGAAGGGAAUGAAAAAGCAGCAGAUAAAAAAGAAAGCAGAGGGAGAUAAGAAAAAGAAGGGAAUGAAACGGAAGCAGAAAACAGAGAAAGAAAGCGAGGAGGAGGAGGAGGAGGAAGGGUCGGAGACCGAAUCAGAAAGCGAAAAGGAAACGAAACCAAAGCAGAGAAGAAAGGAAGCAGAGAGCGAGGGAUCUGAGAGCGAGGGAGAGGAACAGAAGAAAAGAAAAGACAGAGGGAGCGAAGAGGAGGAGGAGGAAGAUGAAUCUGACAGCGAGGCGGAAACUGAAAUAACGGCGAAAGAGAAGGAGAACGAGGAGGGGAGCUGCAGCGACUCCUCUCUCCCUUCGCUGGACGAGGACGAACUGAAGCCUGUCAAGAACUCCAAACCAGUCAAGAGCCGGAGAGAGACGGGAGAGAAGAAACCCAGAGAGGGCAGGAGAAAGAAGUCGGGGUCCCCCCAGGCUGGAGAGGAGCACCCCUCGAUCCGCAGGCUCAAGCGCUACGUGACGGCUUGCGGGGCGCACCGCAACUACAAGCGGCUGUUUGAGGGGCGCAGGUCAAACAAGGAGAGGAUCCAGGUGCUGAGGAGGGAGCUGGAGGAGCUGGGGGUGCAGGGGAAACCAAGUCUUGAAAAGUGCAAGAGAGCGAAACUGAAACGCGAGGAGAAAGCAGAGCUGGCAUCGCUGGACCUGAGCAACAUCAUCGAAGCAACGGGGCGCCCCCGGAGGAAGGCUGCGGCAGUGUGGGACCCCUUCAUGUCCCCCCGAGCCUCGCUGUCGCCCCCUAGACAGGACUACAGGAAGUGCGUGCAGUCAGAGUCAGAAUCGGGGUCGGGCCAGGAGAGCGGGAACCACGGCGCCGGGGGGAAGAGAAAGGUGACGGACUGGGAGAACCUGAGGGGAAUCAUUAGCGACGACGCAGAGAGCGACUGAGCAGAGAACUUCUGAAGCAUGUCAAACUGGGACUUGCUUUUCUGUUCUUUAAAUCUAUCUAUCUUUAUCUCUCUGUGUGUAUAUAUCUGUAUACGAAUAUGUAUAAUCAACUAUUAAAAGUAAACUUGUUGUGUUACUGUUUUGUUAUUUUUUUUUUGUAAAUAAAGAAUUUUUAAUUGUU